AGUUCAUGCAACGUGUCUUUUCUCAGUGGUGAAUUGUUGCAAGUUUUUAAAAUGUUAAAGUUAUCGAUAAUUUUCACAUUAAUUUUGGUAAAUUUCCUAGCAAGGACAGAUGCAGAUAUAAUAAAUAAAAACGUCGAACGAGUGAUCGAUUUAUCAUCGCAGUUAGUGAAAGUCAGUGCAACCAUAACCUUACAAAAUGCCGGCAAAGACACCGAGAACAAUUAUUUAAUUGUACUGGAGCCAAAUGCACACGCUAACUUAUCGUACAUUUCAGCUAAAGACUCGUUUAAGGAAGAAAUGAAGAUUACAGAGACGAAAGAUGCGAAGUAUGGAGACUCGAAGGUGUUUUCCAUAAAACUGAACCAACCACUUGCAGCUGGUCGCACCGGUUCAGUAAGUGUGGAAUUCAUCUAUACAGGUUGCUUAAUUCCGUACCCACUCAGCAUUGCACAGAAAGACAAACAGCUUGUUCGAUACUUUGGUAAUCACUACUUCUACUCUCCGUAUACUUCCACCAAGCAAACUACCUCUGUAGUUGUUAAUACCAGAAGCAUUGAAAACUAUUCGAAACUAAAACCUGUGGCCCAAUCGGAUUCCAGCAUUACUUACGGUCCUUAUAAUGAUAUUGUUCCUUUAUCUUCUGAUCCACUGACUGUGCAUUUCGAAAGUAACGCACCGUUUCUAACAGUAACUCGCCUGGAAAGAUUAAUUGAGGUGUCGCAUUGGGGGAACAUUGCAAUUGAAGAAAACGUUGAUAUCUUACAUUCUGGCGCAAAAUUAAAAGGUUCUUUCUCACGAUAUGAUUACCAACGGGACACAAGCAACAAUCAUCACAGUAUUAAAUCGUACAAAACCAUUCUACCGGCGGCGGCUCAUAGUAUUUAUUAUAGAGAUAGUAACGGCAACAUUUCCACAUCACAAGUUCGCAUGCGCAAGGAUUGGAUUGAACUGGAAUUACGUCCACGGUACCCAUUAUUCGGAGGCUGGAGAAGUUGUUAUACCUUAGGUUACAGUGUUCCAAGUUAUCAGUAUCUUUACAAGGGUGAUAAUAACCAAUACGUACUUCGUAUGAGAUUAAUCGAUAAUGUAUUUGAUGACAUGCAUGUCGAACACUUACAAACCGGAGUUGUUUUACCUGUUGGUGUCACCAAUGUCAAGUUAAGUACACCUUAUUCGGUUGAAAGAUUACCUGAUUCGCAGACGUAUAAGUAUUUGGACACGAAGGGGAGACCAAUUAUCCGAUUCGCUAAGAACAAUUUAGUCGAGCAACAUAUACAAGAUUUAGAAAUAACGUACGAGUGGCAACCUGUGAUGUUAUUGCAUGAGCCUUUAUUGUUAUCGGUUGCUUUGUAUAUAUUAUUUGUAGUAGUCAUUAUUUAUGUGCGACUCGAUUUCUCCAUCUCAAAGACUGAACAUCUAAAAUCACAGUAAUUUCUCACUUCUGAGCGUUAGAUUAGUAUUUUUCGUGAACUUGUUAUCAUUAGUUUUAGUAUCAUAAUGUGUUUUAAUACAUGUACAAUACUGAAAUAUUCAUUGUUGAAAAAUAAAGUCUAGCUAAAAAUUAGAA